AAUAGUCGCUACUGUUCUCAUGGCACUGCCAAGUAUAAACUAUCGAAUGAAGCAUCUCAGACUAUCAGGUGGAAAUAUUUCAUUCAUACUAAUACAUCACCUCAGGAGUUUGCACCUGGAGACAUCAUAUUUAUUUCAGGUAAAUAUGUCGUCGAGAAUGCUGAACCAUGUAUGACAGUGGCCUUUGCAAGCACUAUCGAUACUGGAAAGCCAGAAUGUGAAUUCAACAUCCAUGAUGUUCCAGUAUGCGAUCCACAUGGUAUGUUUUAUGUGAGUGUUAAUCGUAUUCCGAAGGAUAAAGAAGACUUCAUUUAUUUCGAUGCAGAAUGUACCAAAUACAAUUCGGUAACGGGAUCAUCUAAUAUCAAAAUGGAUAUGACCAUUCUUUACCCAUCAAAAUCUACGCGAUUCAAAUAUUUAGUGCUUUUGGGAGCUAAUAUCAAGUCAGAAAACAAAUAUAUCAUAUCAGGGUUUGUCAAAUUCUCAGAUUCUGGUAAGAUGAUAAUCGAAGUGACAGAUAUAGAUUAUGUAAAAAGCACAGAUUUUAAUUAUAAUAUAGUUGAAAGCUCCUCUUCAACAAAAUCAAAUACAUGGUCAAUAAUUGAUAUUAUCGCCGAUGACAUUGAGUCACAAUCAACAAAAAAUGAUAAACCAGUUUCUUCUGGAGCACGUAACAAUAAUACAGCUUUCGAUUCAUGUGAGACAUUAAAAAAUAAGGCUACAGUUACAAUAGAAGAUGAACAUGAAUCAUUCACUAAAGCAGGAAACAAUCAUCAAGAAAAGCAAUCCGAACAAAAUAAGGACAAAAGC